ACCCUCAGUCUCCCAGAUGCCUAAGAACAGCAAGGUUACGCAGCGCGAGCAGAGCCAGGAGCACGUCACAGAGUCUGUGGCCGAUCUGCUCGCCCAUGAAGAGACGCUCGACUACAAGAACAGCUCCCUGAACGUUGGAGGGGUCGCCGGGAAAAAGGUACCGCAGAUAGAGGUGCCUGAAGACGAUGGACGCCCCGCUUGGAACAGCAAACUGCAGUACAUCCUGGCUCAGGUGGGCUUCUCUGUGGGCCUGGGGAAUGUAUGGCGCUUCCCUUACCUGUGCCAGAAAAACGGAGGAGGUGCCUACCUGGUUCCCUACUUCAUCCUCCUCCUCCUCAUCGGCAUCCCGCUCUUCUUCCUGGAGCUGGCUGUGGGUCAGAAGAUCCGGCGUGGGAGCAUCGGGGUCUGGAACUACGUCUGUCCCAGUCUUGGCGGUAUUGGGGUGUCCAGUCUGAUGGUGUGUGGCUUUGUGGGUCUCUACUAUAACGUUAUCAUCGGCUGGAGCAUCUUCUAUUUCUUCCAGUCCUUCCAGUAUCCUCUUCCCUGGAGCGAAUGUCCGAUCAGGAGGAACGGGACGCUUGCUAUCGUGGAGCCGGAGUGCGACAAAAGCUCGGCCACAACCUACUUCUGGUACCGUCAGACUCUGAACAUCACCAGCACCAUUGCGGAGAGCGGCGGUCUCAACGUGAAGAUGACCAUGUCCCUGCUGGUGGCCUGGAUCAUCGUCUGCCUCGCUGUCAUCAGAGGGAUCGCCUCCUCUGGCAAGGUGAUGUACUUCAGCUCACUUUUCCCCUACGUGGUGCUGUUCUGCUUCCUGGUCCGAGGCUUGAUGCUGAAGGGCUCGGUGGACGGCAUCGCCCACAUGUUCACUCCCAAGUUGGAGAAGAUGCUGGAGCCUCAGGUGUGGAGGGAAGCGGCCACCCAGGUCUUCUUCGCCCUUGGUCUGGGGUUCGGGGGAGUCAUAGCCUUCUCCAGCUACAAUAAGAUCGAUAACAACUGUCAUUUUGAUGCGGUGCUUGUCUCUGUCAUCAACUUCCUCACUUCCAUUCUGGCCACGCUGGUGGUGUUUGCCGUGCUGGGCUUCAAGGCCAACAUCAUGAAUGAAAAGUGUGUCGUAGAGAAUGCAGAGAGGAUCCUGGGAUACCUCAACUCUAACGUCCUGAGCCACGAUCUCAUCCCCCCGCAUGUAAACUUCUCCCACCUCUCCACAUCGGACUACGCUGAGAUGUACGGCGUCAUCAAGACGGUGAAGGAGGGCGGCUUCGCCCGGCUCGGUCUGGAUCCUUGUCUCCUGGAGGACGAGCUCAACAAGUCUGUUCAGGGCACCGGCCUGGCCUUCAUCGCCUUCACAGAGGCCAUGACCCAUUUCCCGGCGUCUCCGUUCUGGUCGGUGAUGUUCUUCUUCAUGCUCAUCAACCUCGGCCUGGGCAGCAUGAUCGGCACCAUGACCGGCAUCACCACACCCGUCCUCGACGCCUACAAGGUCCAGAAAGAGCUUUUCACAGUGUGUUGCUGCAUCGUGGCCUUCUUCCUUGGCCUGUUGUUUGUUCAACGCUCAGGGAAUUACUUUGUCACAAUGUUUGACGAUUACUCUGCCGGACUGCCUCUGACGGUGGUGGUCAUCCUGGAGAAUGUGUCUGUGGCUUGGAUUUAUGGCACAAAAAGGUUCAUGCAGGAUCUGGAGGACAUGUUGGGCUUUCGACCAUGUAUAAUCUAUUUCUACCUGUGGAAGUACGUCUCCCCUCUGUGUCUCAUUGUGCUCAUCUCAGCCACUGUCAUAGAGAUGGCCAUCAGUCCCCCGGGAUACAAUGCCUGGGUCCAAGAGCUGGCCCAGGAACGCUUCGAGAGCUACCCUCCCUGGGCACUGGCCAUGUGCUUCGCACUCAUCAUCGUGGCCAUGCUUCCCCUUCCUGUGGUCUACAUCGCCCGCCGCUUCAACCUUAUGUCAGACGGCUCCAACAAGCUGUCCGUCUCUUACCGUAAAUCCAUGAUGAAGGACAUAUCCAACCUGGAGGAGCAGGACGAGUCCAGGUUCAUCCUCGGGGCCAAGCCCGGUGAGGCACCGUCGUCAGCUGCGGCCCGCGGGGCCUUCCUGACUCCAGGAGGCACCAAAACUUUAGACACCAACUCCCUAUCUCCAAACAUCUGCUACGGUACGAGCUACCAGAACGCUGCCAUCAGCCCCACCACACCGACCACACCCAUCACCCCCGCCACACCGGAGUCCGACUCUUGACUGCUUUCAACAACAACAACAACAACAACAACAACCCUCUGACAUCACAGUUCCCCAUCCGGCCAUAAAGUCCCCACCUGCAAAACACAGCAGAGCCCAGAAUCUCGAACCACUUCCCUCCUGAUGCCACAAAACUGUAGAUAGCGGCCCAAUUCACCAGAACACACGCUUUCCAAAAUAACACUAUCUAUUCUGUGUAUAACAUCAAAGGGUUUAGGAAGAUAAAGUUAUGGGGGUCUGCUUUGCUUUGCCUUAGUGUAAGGAUCCUCAGCAGAGCCCACCCCCUCACGCACACACACACACUCGCACAGUUUAAAGCACAUCCCCGUCGGCACAGUUUAGGGGAUCUGAAAAAAUGAAUGUAGUGGAACCGGUGUGAUCAUGCAGGUUGAUCUGUUUUUUCUCUGCACACUGGGCAAAGAGAGCCAAGAUGAAUGUGAUUUUAAUUAUUUUAUGGAUUAAAGCCUGUCCUCUGUAGUGGGACGGUGUGUCAAAGCGAUGCAGUUCAAGUUAUUUUAGUAUUAGUUUCGGUCGGUACGUACAUACAUUGUGUCUACACAAUGCAUCUUUGUUCUGAUGUUUAAGCUAGAAAACACUUUUCACAGCGUUGAUCUGUUUUCAGGGCUCUGUGUAUCGUAAACUACUGUUAAGGCUGCUCUAGAGACAUCCAUUUACGAUUUGUGUGUAGACAGUAAACAGUGGUAUGCAGUAGAGUAGUGUGAUAGAGGAUAAAAUGAUUUUGUUAUCCACCACACACACACAUUAUAACUUGUGAAGACAUGCAUUCCAGUCUCCACACCAAAGAGUACGUAGUAGACAACAAAACAUCUUCAUUCUACACAUUUAACAGAGGAUUUGCUGAAUUUGUUUGUAAGCAAACCACUUUCAACAGAGGUUUUAGGCACAAAAGACUGAAAAACAAGGCACUCAAUACUGUUCAGUGACAAAAAGCACAGCUCUUUCAUGAGAAUUUGAAACAAAUGUUGAUUCCUAAAUAAAAAGGAACAGACAUUGUGUAAUAUUAAACUCCUUAAACAACUUAGUAUGUACUAAGCCUUGGACAAACAAACUGUACAUACAUGCACAAACAACACAACAAUACACGCAACAAAUGCACACAGUUUCUGUGUAUAUGUGUAGUCUUAAGCGGAAUUGAAAGACAAAGACACCACCGCGUCUCCUCUGUGACAAGUCUUUGACUCCUGGUUGAACUGGUUCAUCGUAGCACACACUGGUAGCAAAUAGUUUUCAACAUGUUCACACAGAACACACUCAAGGAGACCUUUAUUUUUUUUUUUAUCACAAUAUUUAAAGCCAUGGUGUUAAGGAUUAAAUGGACUAUAUUUAUAUUCCUGUAUAUUUGCAUUGUAGAUGUGAUGACCAACAAAGAUUAAUCUUUUAAAAGUAACCAGUAUAUAUUUUCAUCUUCUGUGGUUAUUUAAAUUGUAUAUCUAAAGACUGGUCUAUUUUCUAGUUUGUGUAGCUUCUUCUUUUAUGUGCGAGGUGAAAAUGCUGCUGGGAGGUGAUGUGUGUUGUGAAGUGUAGCUGGUUGUGUUGUGCUGAUGAGAGCUUCAGGUGAUGUCCACUCUCACCUGUCCCAUCACUAACGUCUGCUCCACCUCCGUUGACCACAACUCCGUGCAGCAGGUCAAACUGUCCUCUUGGGGCAACACUUGUGUUCAGAACAGGAUACGUUUCAAAAUGUUUGCUGUCUGCCUCGGUUUGAGAGGAUUGCUGAAAUAGCUCGUUUCUAAAUGUUAGCAGGUUGCUCCGCUGAUUGGGUGAAAACAAGCUAAGAUACUGUUAGCUUUGGCCCGACAAGAUAAUUAGCCUUCUGUUAAUGGUUUUAUUAGAUGUGUUAACAAAUCCAAUAGUUACUGGCACACAUGUUAAAAUGAUAACACUUUCCAAUUUUACUUUCACACAAUUUCAGCAGAAAAUAAAAUGUUGAGUAUUACAGUUAACUGUUUGCCUUUUAGUCAUUUUAAAUUAGCUUUGGUAGUUUUGCUUAUUUGAAUGGUAAUUUAACAGGCGUAAUCAGACACAAACAAGAAGUGUAGCUUUUGAAUUAGCUCUAUUUAUCAGUGUUUAUUUGAUUUAGAUUGUUUUGUUGUUCUUUUUUUUCACUAUUCCCAAUAUCUCAGACAUUGAAUACUUUACUUGAAGAAAAACAUAAAUGUUCACUUCAAGCCUACUUUCUUCGUUAUUGUGGUCAUGGGAAUGAAUGAGCUGAGUGUAACUUCAGCUGAAAUUGAUGAAUCAGCGCUUUCAAACUGAAAGUUGAGCCAAAUCCGAUGGAGCACAUUCGGGAAAGUUUAUUUUGACCGAACAGCAAUUGUGUAAUGCGUCAGUUUGUUUACUCUUGUUCCUUUUGUGACUGGAGUGAUGCGUUUAGCCCGACAUGAGCACCCACCACCCUCAUGUCUCAACUGGAUUGUGUGUAAUCACACGGCAUCCAAAAUUCAAAACUCUCCAAUCUUUUUCCCCUCUAAAGAUAGAUUUGUUUAAUUUUUUUUAAUCCAAUCAACAGUUAUGUGUUAAUUGUAGAAAGAACAUCACCGUCUAGUGUGGCUCCAGACUUUAUGUGUUGUUUUAUCUUGUCUUGUUUAAGUCAUUGUGAGCCAGACACCUCCUGUUGGGAGCGUGUCAUGUAGAGAUCUCCCUGUUGUUCACGUAUGUAAAUAAUAUUGUGCAAUCCAGAUAGAUUAUGUAUACCACUGUCUUGAAAAGGUAACUGUUUUAGCUGUAAAUGCAAUAUAAAGUAAAAAUGAAUGUGAUUAAUGCACUUUUCUUCACUUGGACCGAAAAAUAAGUUUUUUUUUUUUUUGAUGUCCUCAUAGUGUAAAAGCAAUAUCAAGUUAUUAAACUGCAGAACUAUUUUGGAUUAGACACACUAGUGUCAGAUAAUAGCAAUGAUUAGGAGCUGCCCCCUACAGCCAAAAGGAAGUCACAACUUUUCCUUACAAGUGCUGCAGUGUGUGUGAGUGUGUAUGAAUAUAAUAAAUGUGUGCGCAUGAGUGUGUGAACUAUAUAUAUAUAUGUGUGUAUGUGUGUAGAUUCCUCCUUUUACCUAUGGGUGCAGGGCCUUACUGAGCACAUUCUUCAAGCACCGUCUGUACAGGAGACACGUUUGUAAAUGUCUCCAUUCUCUCUUUCAUCAGUCAUAUUAUGAUUGUAUCAUACUGACGAUUAUUGUAAAAAAAUCAAAUUUAACCAAAAAUAUUAAUAAAAAAGAGUGGACAAGC